AUGACCAAUCCAAUCCCCAUCCGGAGCCCCCUCAAUGCUGCCCAGUCCAACCCGGACUACUCAUAUACAUCUCCGCUCGACGCGUUGGGCUCGGAUUAUCCAUGUAAAGGUUACGCAAAUGAUACGUUCACGUCUGUCUCCAAUUAUACGGCGGGCAAGGAGUAUACGCUGUCGUUAGGAGGCACCGCCACUCACGAGGGUGGUUCAUGUCAGAUCGCGCUGUCUUACGAUCAGGGGCAAAACUUCCAUGUCAUCAAAUCUAUACUGGGCGACUGUCCCCUUUCAAAGAACUACGCAUUUCGAAUUCCAGGCAAUGCCCCGAACGGACAGGCACUUUUGGCAUGGACCUGGUUUAAUAAAGUGGGAAACCGCGAGAUGUACAUGGAUUGCGCGCAGGUCACUGUACAACCUGACCGAGAACCCGGCCAUUUUCAACCCGUCUCACAAACUGCUUUUGGAGACCUUCCACCGAUUUUCCUGGCCAACAUCGGCAGGGAAGGCCAAUGCCGGACGAAGGAGGGGGAAGCGGUCAACUUUCCCAGACCGGGACAUGAUGUUGAGGGAUAUUUGGAUUCUGCAGGCUAUGACUGCACCGAGGCUGCACCAUUUCGCGACGAUCAGGGGGGGGUCCCAAAUUCAUUCCACGAGCUCGUCCGCCGAAAUGGUGGCUACUGCGAUUACCCGCACCAAUAGACUACCUUGCGCAAUGCCAACGCCAGGGCACACUCACGAAAUGCAAUCAAUGGUAGCAACGGCAGCAUUUUCGCCAUCAAACGGAG